AUGGCUUCACCAUUUAUCUCUUCUCUGCUUCUUCUUCUAAUCAGCUUCUUCACACUUGAUUCCAUCACUUUGGCUCGUUCUGAUCUGAGUCAAAUUCCACAAGACAUAUUGACUCAGCAAAAAGCAGACCGAGUUACCAGAAUUCCUGGUCAGCCCCCAGUGACGUUCAAACAAUAUGCUGGGUAUGUUACAGUGAAUGAGACCCAUGGGAGAUCCUUGUUCUAUUGGUUCUUUGAAGCAACACAUAAGCCUGAGAAGAAACCUGUCCUUCUCUGGCUUAAUGGAGGUCCAGGAUGCUCUUCUAUUGGGUAUGGCGCAGCAGAAGAACUUGGACCAUUCCUGAUGCAGAAGGGCACUCCAGAGCUCAGGUUCAACAAAAAUGCGUGGAACAAAGCCGCCAACUUAUUAUUCUUGGAAGCUCCCAUUGGGGUCGGAUUUUCUUAUACAAAUACAAGCCAGGAUUUAAAUGAACUUGGGGAUACAGUCACUGCGAAGGAUUCCUAUACUUUUCUCGUCAAUUGGUUUCGAAGGUUCCCGCAAUACAAGUCUCAUGAUUUUUAUAUUUCUGGUGAAAGCUAUGCUGGUCACUAUGUUCCUCAACUUUCUGAAGUGAUCUUUGAUUCCAAUAAAAAUGUUUCAAAAGAGGACUACAUAAAUUUAAAGGGUUUCAUGAUUGGCAAUGCAUUAUUGGACGAUGAUACAGACCAAACCGGAAUGAUCGAAUAUGCUUGGGAUCAUGCUGUGAUUUCUGAUGGAGUUUAUGAUGAUGUUAAGCAAAAUUGCAACUUCAGUGUUGAGCCAUCAACAACGGAAUGCAAUAAGGCCCUUGAUGAAUACUUCUCUGUGUAUAAUAUUAUUGACAUGUAUAGCUUAUACACUCCUAUAUGUGCGGUUGAUAUAAACAAAACCACCACAACACAACGGAAGAUCAUCCAAGGCAUUGCUCCAAAACCAUUCUCCAAAUUUGAUAUGUGGCAUAAGUUACCAGUUGGUUAUGACCCAUGUGUGUCUAACUACUCUGAGAUAUACUUCAAUCGACCAGAUGUUCAAGAAGCUCUCCAUGCUAAUGUCACAAAAAAUAUUCCAUAUCCGUGGACUCACUGCAGUGACUCCAUCAAUUAUUGGGAAAAUGCACCUUCUUCCAUGCUCCCAACUAUCAGAAAACUUAUCGAUGGAGGCCUUCGUAUAUGGGUUUUCAGUGGAGAUACUGAUGGUAGAAUCCCUAUAACGGCGACGAGAUACUCAUUGAAGAAGCUUGGGUUGAAUAUCAAAGAUGAUUGGUCUCCAUGGUAUACGUACCAUCAACAGGUUGGAGGCUGGACUAUCAUCUAUGAUGGGCUGACGUUUGUCACUGUAAGAGGCGCUGGUCAUCAAGUUCCUACCUUUGUACCCAAGAAAGCGCUUCAGCUGCUUAGGCACUUUCUAGCCAAUGAGAUGCUCCCAUCCAAGCCAUUUUAGUACUACUUAAUGUUAAUUCUUAUUCCCUUAUCUUUUCCAUUUUCAUUUGGAAUAAAACCAU